AUGUCCACAACCGAAGACGGAGGUGGCCCAGGCUACAUAGAUACGCUUGACGCCAAAAUUAUUCAGUAUCAGUACUGCAUUACCAAGAUACAGAGCUUGAUUCCAGCGAUACAGAAACUAGCAGCAAAAGCUACGGAAUCAAAAGAGUUACCGUUGGUGCAAUACGCGGUAUUGUUAUGUGGAAGCAUAUUUGCCAUUAACGAAGGAGUAUUUAGCACAAAGUUGGAAAUAAUAGGCGAAUUCAAGCUUUUCAAGCCAAUACCUAUUAGUAUUUCCAAUGCUGUGACACACAUACCGUACGAUAACCCAGAUACCGCUGUCAAGCCAUUAUCGGAGUUACCCAGCCCAGAAUCGGGGGUAAAGUGUUUGAAAUCUCUAGAAGAAUUGUGCUACAGCUGUUUACAAGGAUACCAGAAAAGAUUACAGCAGGCUAAGAUCACGAAGGAAAAACUGAAGGUAUUAUCUCCUAAUUAUUUCGGUGACUUGGAAUCGAUGUUGAAGGACCAAAUAUUUGAUAAGAGCGAUAACGACUUGACUUUGGCGCAUGGCUUAUUGCAUAAAUUGCCAGAGGAUCAAUCUUUGUUAGAAGACGAAAACUAUGUGGAAGCUUCUUUGACAGAUAUGGACAUUGAAAUGAUUUUCACCAUUACAGGGCAAUUACGUUCUACUCUUAAUCAUUUGAAACCGAAUCUUAUUCCUUUCCAAAAAUUGAGAACAAUUCCAAAGACACAACAGGAAGAGUACGUUAAAUCGAUUUCGGAUGGAAAAUAUGCAUUGCAUAAAGUGUUAAUGUUGACCUUGAGAUUGAAUGAGAUAUAUUCUAUUUUACGAAAAGUUGGGCGUAAAAUCUAUUUUUCUAAUUAUCAGCAUCUUUAUGACUAUAAAUUAGCCUUCCAAUCAAGUAAUUCAAAUUAUUUUAAAUUGAAUUUGUUAAAGGAAGUGGACGAAUUGUUCAAUGCAACUAAAAAGAAUGGAACCUUAGUUGCUAACUUAACGAGGUUUGUUAGACAGAACUCUAAAUAUGAAAUAAGUUACAAGACUUUAUUGGAUUUUUCAAAUUUUGUUAAUCAGGCUUACACCAUGCUUGAAAAUAUGAUUUUCAAAUUCGAAGAAUUUGGGUUUAACUGGAUUUCAUCAGAACUAAGAUUUAGGAAAGUUUAUGGAUUACCGAAAAAGACAUUAAUAGAUGUAUUCCAAAGCAUGAAGGAAUCAAAGAAUAGACUUCAGGGGGAUACGAAUUCUGCAAUUGGGCCUAAGAAAUCGACAACAGCAGAUCCGAGAUCUACGAAAAGUGUCAUCAACAACAAAACUGGGACUUCUCAAAAGAAACUAUCUGAGAGUAAAGAGAGUAAAGAUUCAUCAGACAAUUUAGAGAAAUUUCCCGAGAUAGAUGAAGCUAUCCCGAAAUCGCUUGAACAAGAUUUGAAGAAAUUAGACCUAAAUGAUCUACUGCCUACUAAAGGAUCACGUUCAUCGUCCAUAUCAAGUCUUUCCAGUAAUAACAGUUCCAAUAAGUUUUCAGUAAAUUCAACUAAGGCAAAACCAUCAUUUCAAACCAACAGGAAUUCCAUGUUACCUCUGCCUGCAUCAAAAGCAUCAAAUCUACUUAAUCAAAGACCAAAUUCUAUGUUAUUUAUGAAUUCCAAUUCUUCAUUAUCCACUUUCCCAUCCUCUACACGAAGCGAAAUUAAUUCGGCUGCGACUACUACUCCAUCCGGUCGUCGGAGAUCAACAUCUCUGCCAAUCAGUCCUAAAGUAUCUGUGGUGCAAGAUAAUACCCUUAAAGCUGCUUCAGGAGCAGCGGCAGCGUUGGCAAGAAGCAAUAGUUUGAAAUCACCCAAUUCCCCUUUGCGUUCUCCAUCUGGUUCUUUCAGCUCACCGUCAAAUAUGAGGUCUCCAUCCGGUUCAAUAAAAAGGCUGGGAUCCCAAGUAAGACUGGGAAAUGGAACCCAGCAGCACAAUAUCUCGUCCCCAUCUCCCACGAGUAAACAUAGUCUCAUUGUGGUUGAGGAAGAGGAGAAUAACAAUACCACUUCAGCCAAACCGCUAACGGCAAAUCAAAGGUUACAAUUACAUUUGAGACAAGCAACAAAGUCUGGUGCACUCAUGACGCAACAAAAGGAAACAUUGACUUCUGUUGUAUUUGAUCCGAGUGAACCAUCUGCGUUUAAUUUACGUAGAUCCGUUGAAUCGCCUCAACUGAAUGAGUUAUCUGAUCCUCCUACGCAACAACAAGGAUCCGCACAAUCCCAAGGAACCACACAGCAAAACCAACCCCAAACCCGUGAUCAAGUAACAAGAAGAAACACAAGGAGAAACAGUGUUACACCGCAAUUGGGCAAUCCAGCAUCUCCGAACAAUUCUUCAAUGACAACAAUUAAUGCACAAAAUACGUCUGCUUCAUCGGUAUCGUCUGCAUCGUCUGAAGGUAACAGUGCAGGUGGCCAGGCCAAAAAAGUGAGGUUCACUGGUGUUCCUGAGUAUUCAGAACUAGAAGAUGCACCAACAACUUACGCUAAUAGAUUGUUAAAAAAUUUUGCAGUAUUCAAAGCUCCACCAAAUAAACCUGGAUUCAAGAGAAAGGAUCAGUUAUUAAAAACAGAAGAAAGUUUGUCUUUAAGAUCUCAUCUCCGUGAUUCAUCAGCUGGUACCUUUAGUCCACCACCUCAAACUGGUCUAUCCAAGUUUAAGAAUAAACUACUUUGA